AUGCCUGGCAAUAAAUUAUUGAGCGAGACGUCGCGCUUGCUCGAUGAACAUGUUCUCGAAAAUACUGAAGACCAAGAGGAAGGGCAGGUAAACAGAGUCUUUCUGGCGGUGGCAAUGAUAGGUACUUACCUCGCGAUGGCCGACGGUUCAUUUGUGACCGCAACAAACGAGGAGAUUGGGAAAGUCUUCCAAAGAUCGGAUUUAGGACCUUGGCUUAUAUCAUGCUACAAUUUUGGGUACUCCGUAGCGCUUCCAGUGGGGUAUAUCAUUGUCAAUGCAAAUGUUGAUGGCAGCGAGAUUCUUGACAGGGAUCGGUGGCUCUGGGCUGGUCGAUGUUAUUUCAAUUUUGCUUAA